AUUGCACUUUUGGUCCCCCAACUAUGGCCUUCCUGCGAAAAUCGUCCCUAAACUUCAAAAUUAGCAAAACUCGUCCCUCAACUAUACACACAGUUGCACUUUUGGUCUUCCGUUAGCAUUCCGUCAGAAAUCUAACAGAUUGGGACUAGUGACGGAGAUAAUCCGUCACAAUUCACAAUCCAGUCACCAAAUUUCUUCAUCUUCCUCAAUAUAACCACCACUCAUCCUCCCCCUCCUCAUUCCUCACUUUCUCCAUCUUCAUCAACCUCAAUCCCUCAUCCUCCCCUCCCUUCUCCUUUCAUUCCUCUUCACCACUACCUCCCUCAACCAUCAACACAAACUCUCCAUACUGAAAUUGAAUUGGAGCGGAUUGCUGGAGAGAAAGGGGUUUUGGGUUUUUCUUCAACACUCUUUGCAGAUCCCAUUUUCUCAUCUCCUCAUGAAAUUAGAAAUCCAUUUCACAACCCAAAAGAAGGAGUUGCAGACCUCUCCCUCCAUAUCUUCAUCUCAUCUUUCUCACUCGCACCUCUCCCUCCACCGAACCCACACCAGCAAACCACAACCCAGAACCACCUCUCCCUCCACCAACCCCACCCCUCCCCAGAAACCCAACCGGAACCCACCCCAAACCCCACCCAGAAACUGAGCCCACAAACCCCUUCUUCCCUCUCACAAUAGAUCUACCAUAACUGAGAAAGGAAAACCAGAGAAGAAAAUCCAAGACUUUUUUUUUUUCAGAUCUCAAACCAUUGUUACAGAUACAGCUUCAACCUAUCAUAUGGUGUCUGGAGAGGGGGAGCUCGAAGCUUGUAACCCAGAAACCCGACCAAAAACCCAGAAACUUUGAAGCUUUGAACGAGAACCAUGAUCUACAGAAGAGGAGGAGGAAGAGGAAACGGAUUUAAGUGAGCUUCUUUAUUUUUUCAAUUAAAAUACUAUUUUUUCUCAAUUUUAUUUUUUCUUUAUUUUUUAAUUCAUUUUUAACGGAAUAUUCUGUUAGUUUUCUGACGGAAUGCUAACGGAAGACCAAAAGUGCAACUGUGUGUAUAGUUGAGGGACGAGUUUUGCUAAUUUUGAAGUUUAGGGACGAUUUUCGCAGGAAGGCCAUAGUUGGGGGACCAAAAGUGCAAUUAAGCCUAAACACUUCAUCGAAUAACGAUCAAUGUUCUCACGCGUUAAAAGAAAGAGCCCUCCCACGUGCUUGUUGGAUUGGAAUUGGUAUUUGGUAAAAUAAAUCAAAACAUGAUGCACGUGUCAUCCUCACACACCAGGACUUGGUUACACAUGUAAAAAUGUUAUCCCCACCCUCUUAUAUUUUUCCUCUCACCACUCCUCUCAGUUCUAUUCCAUUCCAUCGUCUCAACACUCUCGCCCCGACCCGAACCCGAUUCCAGACCCGACUCACACAAUCGGAUCCUGAAUCACAGUUAUGGGAACCGAGAGCUACACUUACAUGGGUCGCAGCUUCAGCGCGCUAUCCAUCAACGACGAUUCAUCUUCCUCCGCUUUCAGCGACUGCAACAGCGACAGAUCUGGCGAAUUCGCCACCGCUUCUUCCCAAACCCGCCGCCGUCUCCUCAUCGCUUGCGCCUCCGAGAAUUCCGAUGACCUCAUCCUGCAGCUUGUCGACGAUCUCCAAUCCUCCUCCGUCGACGAUCAGAAACAAGCCGCCAUGGAAAUCCGAUUACUCGCUAAGAACAAGCCUGAGAAUCGCAUCAAAAUCGCCAAAGCCGGCGCAAUCAAACCGCUAAUUUCGCUUAUUUCCUCGCAAGACCUCCAGCUUCAGGAAUACGGCGUCACCGCGAUUCUCAACCUCUCCCUCUGCGACGAGAACAAGGAGUUGAUAGCUUCCUCCGGAGCGAUUAAGCCUCUGGUGAGAGCGUUGAAAGCAGGGACGCCGACGGCGAAGGAGAACGCGGCGUGCGCGUUGCUCCGCCUCUCACAGGCGGAGGAGAGCAAGGCGGCGAUUGGGAGGUCCGGCGCCAUUCCGCUACUGGUGAGCCUCCUGCAAACCGGCGGUAUCCGCGGGAAGAAGGACGCGUCGACGGCGCUGUACUCGCUCUGCUCGGUGAGGGAGAACAAGAUCAGGGCGGUGAAGGCGGGGAUCAUGAAGGUUCUGGUGGAGCUGAUGGCGGACUUUGAGUCAAACAUGGUGGAUAAGUCAGCGUACGUGGUGAGCGUGCUGGUGUCGGUGGCGGAGGCGAAGGCGGCGCUGGUGGAGGAAGGCGGCGUUCCGGUGGUGGUGGAGAUCGUGGAGGUUGGGUCUCAGAGACAGAAGGAGAUAGCGGUGGUUAUUCUGUUACAGCUAUGCGAGGAAAACGUGACCUAUCGAACCAUGGUGGCUCGCGAAGGUGCGAUUCCUCCUUUGGUGGCUCUGACUCAGAACGGCACCAAUCGCGCCAAGCAAAAGGCGGAGAAACUGAUUGAGCUGCUGCGGCAACCGAGAUCUGGGAGCGCCGCUGCACGUACGGCGGCGGAAGUGGUGGCAUGAAUUGUGGGCAAUCAAUCAUUCCCCAUGUGGUGCGCUGAGCACUCAUCAUCCACCACCCGUGCGUGUCAAAAACAGUGAUGUGGUUAUUAAAACGUGAGAGUUUUGUAAAUAUCUUCGUAACGGAGAAGCAUCCUUGUAAAGUUUGUGGUAUAAAAAUGAUACGUUUCCAA